AUGGAGUCUUCUGGUUGGGUCCGUGCGAUGCUUCGGAGAUAUUGCUUCCUCGGCGGUCGGGCGAUCCUGAAACUCCCACCACCCAUUCGGCUUAUUUAUACAAGCGGUUAUACUAUUUGUGGUAAUGGUAGGGAAACCAACGUCACUCAUUGGGUGGGGCCGACGGCGGCGGCGGCGCGCGCGGCGGAGGCGUACAAGCGCGCGGCGCCCGCCAACGGCCUGCAGCGGGACCCCGAGAAGGACGCGUCGCUGCUGCCGGCGCAGCGCGAGACGCAGAGCAAA